ACUGGCCGGUUUGUUUACAAAAAUGGACCAAAGCUCGGAAUCUGUGUUAAUUGAGGAAAUAGAUAGUAAUGAUGUGCCGGAAAACGAACUGGGACAGUUCCAGGAGACGGAACCUUUGCGGGUGGUGGACAUUAUCGACGAGGCCGAGGAGGAGGAGGGUGCUUUGAUCAAGCGCUAUGUCCAGGGCCUAUGUCCAGAGUUCCCUGAUUUUUGCACCAAACUUGAGGCCAGCGACGAAGACGAGGAUGAUGAGGAGGAAUCCAACGAGGAGCAUGUGGAGAUGAAGCCGAGCACUUCAGCCCAGGCACAGUCCAGGUCAGAACUGCCCACCAGCAGUGCUCGAUCCGGGGGCGGCGGCGGUGGCGUUCGAAAGAGUCAGCUGAGCACAGCACUUCAAGGAUUGAUGGGAGAGGCUAAUCUGAGUUUCGUCCGUGGACGCUUCGAAACUGCCGAACGUAUCUGCAUGGAGAUCAUCAGACAGAAUCCUCUAGCCAGCGAACCCUUCUAUACACUCGCCGAGAUCUAUGAGAACCGCGAUGAAGUGAAGUUUCUCAACUUCUCGACGCUAGCAGCGCACCUGAAUCCUCAAGAUCGAGACAUGUGGAUCCGGGUGUCGGAUCUGCUGGUGCAACAGGGUAAUCUAUCCCGCGCCCGUCUCAUCUACACCAAAGCCAUCAAAAUGCUGCCCAAGGUGUACCAACUGCGGUUGCGGAAAGCUCAGCUUCUUCAAAAGAUGGGCGAAACUAACGCGUCCAUGUUCACAUACCUUAAGAUGCUUCCUUUAAUGCCGCCCGAGGAGUGGAAAUUGUGCCUGACUACAUCCCAGAAUGUGGCCAGGUACUUCCAUGCUCUGAGAAAGCACGGCCUGGCAUUGGAGGCCAUGGAGGCAGCCUACAGCGUGUGUGGGGCUCGGUUUACGCUGGAGGAUAUAAAUAUGUACCUGGAGCUGCUGAUCCUCAACAAGCAGUACGCAAAGGUACUUAAGUGCCUUAGAGAGCGCACCAAUUUCGAAAUUGAAAACGACCAGGAGGAGAGUCUGGAACUUAUCUACUUUUGCGAUAUACCCGACGAUUUUAUUCCCGAGCUGAGGGCCAAGCUGUGUGUUAGCUUGAUUCACAUGCGAGCCCACCAUUUGCUGGGCUACCUCAUCCAGAACGUCCAGGAGCAUAUCACUCUUACCGCCGAUCGAGUGGAACUCUACAUGGACAUCACAGAGGCACUCAUGCAGGAGCAUAAGUACGCGGAAGCCAUAGCUCUGAUGAGUCCCAUAACGGAUGGAGAUACAGUGGAGUGCCCGGCGUUCGUAUGGUUAAGGCAAGCGGAGUGCCUGCGGCAGCUGAACCGCACAAAUGAGGCCAUUCAGUGCUAUGAGCGGGUGGUGCAACUUGCUCCAUUUUGUUACGACGCUCGCUUCACCCUCUCCGCUCUGCUCAAGCAACAGGGUCGGAACGAGGAGGCGGUACAAGCCCUAGAGCAACCUGGGGAUGGAGAAGGACCAGUAAUCGCUCGGCUUCUAUACGAACGGUGCGUGAUGCUACAGCAGAUUGGGCGAAUCGAGGAGUUCCUGGACGUAGGCUAUGUGCUGCUCAGCCGGCAUUCUAUCAAGCUGUAUAACCGUGAGGAAAUGAUGGCCGCCGCCAAUGGGGGUAGCGCCUACAAUGCAGAGAGCCUGAAGACUAUUAUCCAGAUGCGAAGCAAGACCGCCGAUACCACGGCCAAUGUGGAGCAGGAACAACAGGAAUCUGGAAAGAAUUCUACCACUGAGGCAUCCGACUUGACAUCCAAGAAUGAGUUUGAUCUGUUCAUGGAGCUGGUGCGAACGGCCCACGAGCAUGGAAGAUACGGAGCCGCUGAGAAGAUUUGCUUCGCUAUGGUGACCACUAAGAGAUUCGCCUUCUAUAACGACGAGAUCGAGCGCAUUAUGGUGCUGGUGUGCUACUUCAACGACGAUUGCGCCAUCGCGUUCUCAUACCUUCGCGAAUUGAUUGCCAAACAGCCCAGCCAGGCGAACCUCUGGAAUCUGCUCGCUCUGAUGAUACAGAAGGGUGACGAGGUUCGUUACUACCGCUACAUGCGGCGACUUAUGCAACGGUUCUCGGAAGAAACGAAGCAGAUGCGCAUUUUCCAAGGCCAUUACCACCUCAACUGCGCUUCGUUUAAGUAUGCCUUAAAUAUUUAUAUGCCGAUUCUCCGCGAAAGUCCCGAUCCCAUAGUGGCUCUCUGUAUAGCGGCGGCUUUCAAUCAGUUGGGCAUACAGCGAAAGGUCCUCCGCAAAUCGGCGGCUGUUAGCCAGGCUAUUGCCUUUGCCCAGCGCUACAAAGAGCUUCGGUGCGCGGGCACCGAUUUGGCGGAUUGCGCCGCUCAACAAGAGAUAUUGUACAACAUGGGACGCAUUUAUCAUCAGGCGAACCUACUCCAUCUGGCAGUGGAAUACUACGAGAAGGCGCUGGCCGUGCCGCUGCACCCACUGAUUGCUGAGCACGAAACUAUCCUGGGGCUGCAGCACGAGGUGGCCUUCAACCUACACCUCAUCUACCGAGCGAAUGGCAAUAAGUGGAAGGCGCGACAGUGUUUAAUGCGAUAUUGUGUGGUUUAGACUUAGAACUUG